AUAAGAAGAAAGAGGAGGAGAAGGAGGAGGAGGGGGGAAAUGUCUGGUCAAAAUCAGCAGGGGCCUCUGAGGCACAGCCAUGGGGAGACCCAGGAAGGAGCCCGCCAGCACGUCCUCCCCUCGGCCGGCCACAGCCGCCUCCAAAGCCGCCCCCGCUGCCCCACCACCUUCCGCCUCGGCCACCAAGGCCAAGGCCGUGGCCACAGGCAGCCGGCCCCGGAGUGCUCCGGCCGCGGGGGCUGCCGGCCCCAGCCGGGGGGGGCCAAAGGCAAACUCCUCUCAGCCGAGACCCGCAGCGUCCCGCGGAGCCCGGGGAGAUGCCGGGGACCAGCAGAGAGCGUCCGCCGGGGGUUGCUCCGCGACCCAGAAGCCGCUGCCUGAUGCCAAAGGAGCUGCCAGCGCGGGCAGGGCCGCCCCAUGUCCGCAGAAGAAGUGGGAGGCCAGCGUGGCCACCGGCCGGUUCCUGCCCCCCCUGGAGAACGGGGACAUCCCCCGGGUGGAGGAGGAGACGCGGGGCCAGUGGAGCAACCCCAAGUGGUACCAGUGGCGGGAGAACCGCAUCACUGCCUCGGUGGCCCCCCGCAUCGCCAACAGCAAGUUUGCCAACGGCAAGACGGAGGAGGUGCCCCGCUCCUACCUGAGCGCCGUGGUGAGCUCUGGCCCCAGGGUGCAGACGCCAGCCAUGUCCUGGGGCGUCCGCAACGAGAAGGCAGCCGUGCGGGCCUACGAGCAGCUGAAGUCACGGGCGGUGGGCAAGGAGGUGCAGGUGGACGACUGUGGCCUCUUCAUCCACCGGGAGAAGGAGUGGAUCGCCGCCAGCCCGGACGGCGUGGUCAAGGAGGCGGCCACAGGGAAGGCCCUGGGGCUGCUGGAGGUGAAGUGUCCCUACAAGCACAGGAACAGGACGGUGCGGGAGGCCUGCAAGGACAAGGACUUCUGCCUGGAGCUGGACGGCGACUCCUAUGCCCUGAAGAAGGAUCAUGCCUACUUCACCCAGGUCCAGUGCCAGCUGGCGGCCGCCGGCUUCCAGCAGGCUGACUUCGUGGUCCACACCACCAAGGAGACAGCUGUUGUCCCCGUGGAGUUUGACGCCAAGUUCUGGGGACAGACGGUGCCCAAGCUGGAGAAGUUCUACACCGAGGCAGUAAUUCCCCACCUGGAGGAGAAGGCAGGUCGCUCUGCCUGGGCCAAGGAGGAGUAGACCCCGGCCACAGGAACCCAGCUUUGGACCCAGCACAGAAUUGACACCUGGUUUUGCUGCUCUUCUUGGACCAUUUGCUGCCUCCGCCCCAACACGACCACCUCGGACUGGAACCGUGUGCCAGCAGGACCCUGCUUGGGUCAGGGUUCCCUCAAAAAAUGACUUCUUCCUGCCUAGCCCCUUCUUGUCCCCUUGUUGCAACCCCCAUUUCACCCGAGGGCUGGAAGCUGGGACACCCCCACAGCUGCUGGGGAAGCCUCCGUGCUGGAAUAACAGAUGUGCUUUGUGGAGAAAACUGGAUCCUUUGGCACCUCAGCGGCUGCCAGGACUGAAUUGUCACUCCAUGUGGAGCGGAGACAGAGCCAGAGAAGGUUUAUCGGUGCUUGAGAGCAAAAUACAGCUUUUGGGUUAAAUCGUGACACACCUCAAGAGUCACACAAGGGUGCACAGACACCCCACCCCCCCCAGCCAUGAAACCUGCUGUUUCCUUGGAGAAACCCAUGAUGCUCAGGACGAGUCAGCUGCAGCCUAGAGAAGACAGUGCCCGUUGAAGAGGUUGUCCCUGAGUGCCGUAGGGCACCCCCAUGGGCAGCAGUGGGGUGGGGGUAUUGCUCUGUUCAAUACAAGACACACAUGUCUGCUCGCU